ACCAGUUAUAACCCGGGUCUUCAAGGGGGUGCGUUAAAACGUUAGUUGAUUUAGCUUACUCCUUAUAAUUACCAGCACAUAUCAUAUGGUUUAGUAUCAGAAUGUAUAUAACAGUUGCCCGACUAAAUAGGACUGACAGUCUAUUAAUAUUUAUUCACUACCAUUGGAUGCAUCUAUAAUAUAUAUAUGUUGAUGACAUAGGUAUUAGUAGCCUACCCUAAUAUCCGAUUUCCUGAUACAUCCAAGGCCCAUGAGCAUAUAUAUAGUUUUAAACGGUGAGUCACGGCAACAGCUGGUCAGCUAUAUCAUCCACGCUUGGUUCUUAUCAUGUUAUUGACGUACUAUUAUAUAGCUGUGUCCUCCAUGUUUAUGCCGCGAACGAAUAUGUCCCCGGGACGCUGCAAACACAGCUAGAAUGAUGUCUAUUGCAGAUGAGGCCGUGUUGGCACACCGGUUGUUAAGGACGGGACAUCGUGUAAACAGCAUCCUUCUGUAAAUGGCCAUGAUGACUGACGACAAGAUAUCUAGGAUCAUUCAGACCAUCUGGCUCUUCUGGGGAUUCAUGAUGCCGGGAGUUGGUGACGCCAUCCUGGGACCAACCCUCCUGGAUCUGCAGCUGCUCGUCAAGGAAUCAGUGGAGACGUUCUCCUUCCUCAUACUGUCUACAGGAAUAGGCGCCAUUAUAGGCAGUCUCCUCACGGGAUUCAUCUUCACCAGCAUCAACAACAGGCUCAAGUUGGCCCUGAGCAUCCUAUUCGGCUCCAUUGUCAACUCCGUCACGCCGGCAGUUCCAGCGUACACCUACUUCUGUGUCAUGUUCUUCUUACAAGGACUGGCCAGAGGUUUCGUCGCAUGCUAUUUGUUGGAAGUGUGCAAUGACCUAUGGAAGCAGAAAGGAAUUCCUUUCCAGUUUAUCUUCUGUGGUGCGACGACUGGAUCCAUCCUGACUCCGCUCAUCAGCCGCCCUUUCCUCUGCGUUCUCGAGCGCCCCGACAACCCGUUCUUCUCCCCAACACGUGCAACGAAUGAGACGCAUGGAAAUGCCACGACAUGCACUGCUGCGGACACCAAUGUGCAACAAGCUUACAUUGUUCUCGGUGCCCUUACCCUGCCGAGUGGGAUAGCUUUCAUCUAUUACUGGCUACAGAGCAGAAAGUCUGUAACCCUUGACCACAUGUCACUCUACGAGAAUCCGGACGACAUGAAGAAUCAAGUGGUCAAACACAAACUACAUUAUCUGUUCUUGACUCUUUUGUUCUUCUUCUAUUUCCCCAUAGUUGGAAACACGAUGUUGUACAACACAUACCUCACGGUAUACGGGGUCGAGGGACCCCUGCAUAUACCUAAAACCUCCAUGAUCUACAUGACGUCCUUGUUUUGGGGAGGGCUGCUUGUAAGUCGUGUUGGUAACACUCUGUUAACACGAUGCUGCGGAAACUUCUACAUUAUCUUGGUGAACUGUACAUGCCUUUUUGUAAGCGGGGUUUUACUGCUUGGCCUGGCAGGAAGAUAUGAAGCGGCAUUGUGGGUAGCUACCCUUGCUCUUGGCCUGUUCUCUGGACCCUUUCAAGGGGCUUGCUUAGCCUGGUCUGAGAACUUUAUACGGUUGGAACCGAAAAUAAUAUCUUUGACAUUUUUGGGUGUGGGUUUCGGUGCAAUGGUUUUACCGUUUGCUGGGGGAAUGUUAUACCAUCAUGUGCCCCCAAUGGGACAUAUGUAUUUAGUAUUCAGUAUGAUUGCGUUUCUGUGUUUAAUGUUCUUUUUACUAAAUUAUGUAGGCCAUCGUAUUAAGAUGGCACCUUCACGAAUACUGCAGUCGGAUGUAACUCUUCAGGAAAGCGAGACUGAAUGAUUGCGGUUGUAGCUGAUCACACUCAAAUCAGUUUAAUGGUAAUCAGACAUUGGUGGUCAAUAAUAACCAUGAGAGUCAGCUAUACUUGUCACAUUUAAAGCAGGUGUGACCAGUCACACUUAAAGCCGAUUAGACCCGUGGAGAUCCGGGGUCGAAUAGGUCUUCAGCAACCGAUGCUUCCCGAAAAAGGCGACUAUGCUUGCCGUAAGCGCCGACUAACGGGAUCGGGUGGUCAGGCUCGCUGACUUGGUUGA